GAGAGAGAGAGAGAGAAGGAAAGAGGGGUGGGGAGUUUCCAGGAUUGUUUAAGGCUAGUUUUAAAACUGCCAUCCGGAGGAACACUUUCAGUACCUCUGGAAAGCAAGAUGGCCCAGACUGUGCCUCUGCUGCUGUUGGCUGUGCUGAACUCUCUGAGCUGCCACAGUGAAGUGAGGGCCAGGGACCCUGAUGUGGAGGAAGAGGAGGCUGUUGGGAUUGGAGGAAGAACACAUCAUACGCCUGUCACCUUUGGGAUGCCACAUGGACAUCACAGCAUCUCAGUGCCUCCAGCUGGCUCAAAAGAGACUAUACAUCUACCUGCAAAAAGAGGGAACUGGUGUGCGUAUGUAAAUCACCGUGUGGUCACCACAGCCGUACUCUGCACAGAGACUCAAACAUUGAAAUCAGUGAACCCCUGUCCCGAUGGAGCUCCUGACUGUCAAAUCAUCACGUAUAGGCAGUCCUCACGGCCUGUGUACAAGCAGAAGCAGACAGCACUCUCUUCUAUGCACUGGAGGUGUUGCCCAGGCUAUGGAGGACACAACUGCCUGGAAAAAGGCAACAUACAAUCUCCAGGAAGAGACAAACCUCCAGAGGAUGAGAAGCAUGCUUCAAAGUCUGAGGUUAAUGACGAUGACAACUUAGGCAAGUUUGUUGUUUUGGGCAAGGCUGGCUUUAACUGGCUUGACCUUUCAUACCUUUCCUUUUUCUGUCAAAUGGAAACAGACCUAUUGGAAGAUGCAAGCUGGUCUAACAAACAUCUACAGGAGGCUCCCAUUCAUGGUUCUUCACCAAACCAGAGCCCUGUUGGUGCCAAAGAACAGAUCCCUACCUCUCCGCCUCUGCAAUUCCUUGAUUCAUCAAUUCUGCUGUCAAUGCAUCAGUUAAUGUCAACUAUGAUGAGUCAGCUUCAACCAGUGCUGGAAAGCUUCAAUCAAACACUGGAGCAUCUGUCCAGUGAGAUGGACACACUGUCUCGGGACUUGCAGCAGUUGCGGAUGGAACAGGAAGACAGCAGAUCCUUCAGCAGAGGUGAAGGUCAUAGUGGAUCUAUUGAGCAGAGACUAGAGUACAGCCAUCUUCAGGUCGACCAAAUGAAAACCCAACUGGACGCACAGAAAGACCAGAUGGAGAGGGCCUUUCAGAGCCAACAAGAACUGCUGAAACACAACCUAACAAAACUGAAGGAAGAGAUGGAUGAUCAGAUCAGCCAGAGUCAGGAUGCACAGGUGAAUCUCCAUUCUCUAACUAAAUUGGUUGAGGAGGUGAGACUUGGCCAAAAAAGGCUGGAACGGGCACUGCAGAGAGAGCACGCUGAGUUUGUCAAUCAAAGUGGAGGCCAGCCAACACAGGCGUCAGGAGUGUGGGAGGCCAUCACUCGGCUAGAUGAGAAGGCACAACGUAACUCUGUGCAGCUCAGCAGCUUGUCUGACACUUUAAAAGAUUCUGCUAGAAAGAUCAAUGAUCUGCAGAGAGACCUAUUGAUCCUGGGACAGAGCCUAGGGGAGGUCAAACAACGCACUGAGGUCCACUUUGUGGAGACAGGUCUGGAGGUGGAGGCUACUCGCGUAAGGGUGCUCAACAGCAUUGGGGAACUUACAGCUAACGUAAGUGCACAAGAGGGCCAGUUGAGAGAAAUUGAGCUUGACCUGGACAACAUCUAUCAUCAACUACAAAGAAAUGAUUCGGUAAUUGCAGAGCAGGUCUGUAGCUGCAAAUCUAUGGGAAGUUCACUAGCUAGGUUGGAGCUGGAGGUGGCUAACGUGACACAUUUAACAAGACAGAACCGACUUGCACUUGAGGAGGCAAAUCUAGAAAGGAAUCAGGCCACUCAAAUGGAGGAUCUUCAUCAGGGCCUGCUGAAUAUGAAGGAAUCAUUGGCAUUUGAGCAGAGCAAAAGCAGGAGUCUUCAUGACAGUAUUUCCCAGCUACAGGCUUCACUCCUGGACAGCCAGCAAGAGAUACAAGGCCUGAGAGAGCGGGACGAGGACAAGUCGGCUGAAAUUCGAGGCCUAUCAGCCACCUUCUCUUCCCUCCUGAAUGAUGCUGUACGCCACUCUGAAGUCCUGGAAGUGCUACUCGGAGAAGAGGUCUUGGAAUUCACACGCUGGUCACAUAGCCAAAAGAAAGAGCUCAGUAUCCCAGAUCUUUUACAGAGAAUGCAUGUGAUGCAGCAAAAGAUUGAGACACAUGAUAGGAGUCUGAAUUCUAUUCGGAGAAAGCAUCCUGACGGAGAUGAGAUGAAUAGCGAUGACCCGGUGGCAUACUCAGAGGGGACCGCCACAAAGAACCAGGUGAAGGGCACUGAAAGUUACCAGUCCUCAUUAGACCCUUUGACUGGAGAGGAGGAUGUGGAUUACUCGGUCAGUGACUUCUGGAGUCUAGGAAAAGAGGUGGAGCAAUUAGCAGGUAGAAUAACCAUGUUGGAAGAGCGCUGUGGCAACUGUACUGAGCCCCCUGGUGGCUCUGUUGUGGAACUGCAGGCAGAUAUAGCAUACCUACGUCAGAGCCUAGAGGAUCAUUUGGGAAUGUUUCAAAAACUGUUCAGUAAUACAGAAGAACUAGCCAGCUCGACCAGAAGCCUGAACCUAUAUGAAGUUUGGAGGCUGGUGAGAAAGAAAGAAGAAAAGAAAAGGAGGGGGCACAAAAAGCAAGAAGACCAGGAGAAAAGAGAAGAAAAGUCUUCCAGUGAGCGACGCAAAAGAUACAGUGAAACAGAAAAUGCUCGGUUACCACAUCCCCCCGUGGUGUUCAUCACAAGCCUGGACUACAGAAUAGGGCCAAAUGGGGAGCUCGCAUCAAAAAAUGUUGCUGUGAACUACGGUGGUACUUUUAAUCCUACAUCAGGGGUGUUCCAGGCCCCUGAGACGGGACUCUAUCUCUUUUUGGUGACCUUAGACUUUGAGAGAGGCCUUUCAUUGGCUGUACUGAAGCGCAGUGGAGUUACAGUGGCGUCCCUCAGACAGGAACAAGGGGAAAAGAGGGGACCAGUGAGCCGAGCCUCUCUGCUGGAGCUUCGGCGAGGGGAGGCGGUUACAUUAGAAUUGAUGCAUGGAUCAUUACGAAAAGCGCAGCCUGGGGAUAACAAACUGUCUGGACUAUUGCUCUUCAUUACAGAGCACAAGGACAUGCUGUGAAAAGAACUGGGUGAGCGACAAAGGCAUGGGAGUAUACAUUCAAGUCUGACGCACUGUGCGUCACUGCCAGACAUGCUGUAAUUUGUAUGCAUGCAUCCUCUUCUUGAAGGUGCAAAAAUACUUGUUUAAAUAUUAUGUUUUGUAAUUGGUUCUGGAAUAUUACUGAAAAAAACAGGUAAGAAAUAAGGGGAAGACAGUUAUAUACCAGAACAAUUUAGAUACCACCAGACCUUCUGUUGGUCUUCAAAAUGUGGAGGAUCUAAUAAUAAGGCAUAGUAUGGGAACCAGUUACUAUGAGGCGAUAUGAAUAAACAAAAGGUACCAAUA